UGUGCAGGAUUCAAAGAGCUGGGUCAUGAACAUAAAAACAAACCCACUCAUGCUGAGGAAAUUGUUAAGGCCUGGGGAGAAAGAGAGAGAGAGAAAGAGGGACAGAGAGCGGGACACAACUCUGAAGCAGGGUAACUCCCUCCUUGGUCUUUUUCAUAAGGCGUAGGACGGACAAAAGAGUGCACCCAGCAGGCUUUCAGCACGGGCAGUAAAGCCAAAGCUCUCUCAACCGGGAUUUCAUUUCCAGCAGGAUCAAGAGUUUAGUCAGUUUGCAGUUCAUCUUUUACAGUGAGCUGCACCACCAAUUGGGUUAGUAAAAAGAAGGAGACACAACAAAUGUGUUUUUUUGGCUGUUAAAAUCUGGGGAGGACUUUCAGUAGACAGAGAAACCUACAGAGUGAAAGCUCCCAAAAGACGACACGGACAAUCUGAAGGGCGAUACAUAUAAUACAGUCCAAGUCUAUGGUCGAUACCUUUAGGCAACCAUGCACGCUGGAAGAUACCACCGGAGCGACAUCCUCCUGUUUACAUUGGCUUUACUGGUCCUGUUGGGGGUGUGCAGCAUCCGGGGCUGUCGUAUAGGCUCAGGCUCAGAGUGUGAGAAGGCCCCUUUUGUCCCGGGCCACAACUUGGCUGGAGAGGGUUUUGAUGUGGUGCGGAUGCGUCGAACUGGGGCAUACGUCAUCAAUGUCAAAGCUCAUCUGGCCGACAACCACACCUGUACACUGUGUCCAAACCGCUUCCAAGACGGACAGAUUCAGAGGCUCCCAGCUGCAGUGCUCGACUGGCGUCCCUUCAGCCGCUGCAGUAAGCAGCUUUCCAGUGCCCUCCACCACUCUGUGGAAUCCCUGCUGCGCAGCUCCAACUCACUGGUUAACAACAACUGGGGCCUGGGUCUAAGUUUAGAUAAUAUUGGCAAGGCAGUGCUGGGAGGAAGCCGCUCAGACUUGGCAAAGUUUGCUCGUUCGCAGCACAAUGUGGACAAGGCCACGUUUGCCACCCAUGAAAUCAGUUGCACCUACUACAGCUACAGGCUGGCUGAUCACCCCCAGCUGAGUGCAGAGUUCACAAAGCAUCUAAAGAGACUCCCACAGAGCUUGAAUACGACCAAGAACAGAGCCCUAUAUAGACGGCUGAUAGACACCUAUGGAACACACUACAUACACCAGGUCCAGCUUGGUGGCAAGGUGAGGCGAAUCACUGCCUUCAGGACCUGCCUGGCCACUCUGAAAGGGUUCUCUGAGUCCGACAUCAAAAACUGCCUGAACUUUGAACUCCGAAUGGCUCUAGGUUUCCUCCCUGGCAAUGUAUCCUUAUCCAACAAGUGCGAUAACCUCCUGAAGGGUAACAUGAGUAUGGGCUUCUACCAAGGCUUCAUGACCCAUAAGAUUGAGGUUAUCGGAGGGGAGAGGUACUUCCCCGACAUCCUCUACCAGGAGGACCCAUCUGAAGCGUACCAGAGCUGGAUGAACAGCCUCCACGAUAAUCCAGACGUAGUUUCUUACGCCAUCUUCCCCCUGCAUCAUCUGGUGGAUGACUCACAGAUCAGUGAUAAUCUGAGAGGCCUUGUCACAGAGUAUAUUAAAGAUAACCAGCUGCAGGAGGCAGUGCUUGGUUUGAAGAACUGCUCCCCGACUUCCAACUUGGACCACAACUGCUGCCCUCUAAGAGCCGGCAGAGGAAUGCUCAGGCUAGAGAUCCACAGAGCGGCAGGCCUGAGGGCAGACACCUUCACAAAAACCGACGCCUUCGUUAAGAUCUUCUACAAUGGCAUGUACGAGGAGACGGAGACAGUGAUGGACAACAACGACCCGGUGUGGAACGCGACUUAUGACUUUGGAUCGGUAGAACUUGGUCAGGCGUUGAGGUUUGAAGUCUGGGAUCGAGACGUUCUCUACAAUGAUGUAGCGGGUAGAUGUGUUGUCUUCCCUGAGCGAGGAACUCACUCUCUAAGCUGCCAGCUGAGCAAAGGAGUUCUCUAUUUCACCUACACCAUCAAAUGUGAUGCUCACUUGACAGGCUUCAGAUGUGGACGAUAUUCCCCCAAUGCUGAGUAAUUAUUAGAUUACAAUGCGUUAAUGUAGAUUUGAGCAUUUCCUUCAUACAAAAAGGGACACUUUUAAUUAUCAAAUAUCUUUCAGUAGCAGCUAGUAAACUGUAAUGUCCUAUGUUUUUUUAACUGUAAUGAUUUGUCAACAUUUUUAAAGGCAGAACUCCCCCUGAUAUGAAAUGCCACUUCAGUAGGUUUUGGUAGGUUGUUUUCGGAGUCAUCGUCUUGUAAUAUUUCAGUAAUAACUUACCAGUCAAAGUUCUUGUGCAUCGAAUGCACAAACCAAAAUAAAGAUUGUCGCCUAUA